ACAAGAAAUAAAGGGAAAAGAACUCUCUCUCUCUCUCUCUCUCCCUCUCCCUCUGAUAUUCUCUGGACGGCUCUCUCUCUCUCUCUCUCUCUCUCUUCUGCUUUACCAACUAAGGUAAGCCGGCCAUCUCACUAAAUCAGUCACCGCCUGGCCUAUAACUUAGUCUUCCAUGGCAGGAGCACAGAAGGCAGUCUCUUGGGUGUCGUCGGUGGCCACGACGCUGAUGAGCAUCUUGGUGAUCAAUAGUAUUAACGUGGGCGUGGAAGGUGCAUACUGGUGCGUGGUAAGGAGUGACGCGAGCGACCAAGCCUUGCAAACGGGUCUGGACUACGCAUGCGGGAUGGGCGCAGAUUGCACCCCCAUUCUCUCCAAUGGCCUCUGCUACCUCCCCAACACCAUCCAAGCCCACGCCUCCUACGCCUUCAACAGCUUCUUCCAGCGCAAGGCCAUGGCCCCCGGCAGCUGCGACUUUUCCGGCACUGCCACCAUUGCCCAAACUGAUCCUAGUUAUGGAUCUUGUGUCUAUCCUUCUUCCUUAAGCACGGCUGGAGGGACUACAACACCAACAACACAAACUCCAAAUAAUCCAAAUGUGCCAACAACAUCAACAACAGCAGGCAAUGGCAAUGGGAUUGGCAAUGGCAAUGGCAUUGGCAAUGGCGGUACUGCCGGACAGAUUCCUGGAAUGACCCCGCCAUUCCCGGACAAUUCCGAGGCAUUUUCAGAGUCCAUGAUCCCCACAAUGUUACUGCCUCUCUCCUUUCUGAUUGUUCUCACACUUGCCUUUCAACCAAUGUAGGUCUCAGGGUGGAGAGAAGAGGCUUACACAGUUUUGUUAGAAGUUGGGCCUUGUUUGUUCACUACCCAUUUGAUCUUUUAAACUGUUUUCUCUACUCAUUGAAAAGGCUGUUAACGAGCUUUAGAUUGGCUGCUUAAGAGAAAACUCAUUUGAAUCCAAGUUAGUGUUAUAGCUAGUCAUCUAUUAUGGUCCAAAGCUUGUAAGUCUCACAAAUUCAAUUCAAUACUUCAAUUUAAUUGGUCUGAUUUUGAGAAA